CUUUACAGGAAGUGAUUGUUUGAGUCUUUGAAAGCUGUGACUUGUUGGAAGCUGAAUUCAGAUCAUGAAGCUGGAGGUGCCAGAAAGCUUUGAAGAUGUUGCUGUUAAAUUUUCAAGAGAGGAAUGGAAGAUGUUGAGUAAACAGCAGAAACAGCUGCACAAGGAGGUGAUGGUACAGAACUACGAGAACAUGGUUUCUGUAGGAUACACUGUCCCACUGGAUCACCUCCACAUAUUGAUUAACAGAGAUGAAGAGAUGUCCACUAAUACGGAAGGAUGGAGAGGAAGCACUAAAGUAAAGCGGACUUAUGCUGAUGGCUCCUUAACCAUCCACAGGAAGUCAGCCUACAUUGAGAUUCAGAGUCAGCAGCCAUUCUCUGUGAAACAUCAGAAUUCUGAAUCUGGCGAGGCAUUGCCACGUGAUGAAUCAUUCAGAAGACACGAAGGAGUAGAGAGUGGACAUGGACACCAGAAAUGCACGGAGUAUAAGAGCAGGCAUAGCGGGAACUUUCAACUAGGAAUGCAUCUGACCACUCAUGGAGAAGAGAUACCAUGUACAUGUCUGAACUGCAGGGGCAAUAACCGAGAAAAAGACUCUUUCACAAUACUCAAGAAAAUCCUCAUUAAAGAGAAGCGAUAUAAACAUACUAUAUGUGAUAAGAGUGUUGUGCAUGACAGCGGGUUAUCAAAGCACAAGACUGUUCAUACUGUGCAAAAACCCUAUAAAUGCCCCAUAUGUAACAAGGGUUUUACAUGUAACCGUAGUCUAAAAAAGCAUCAGAUUAUACACACUAGGUCAAAAAUGUAUAAAUGUUCAACAUGUAAGAAAUGCUUUUUAUUCAAGGAAUGUUUGAUAGAGCAUCAGAUUUUCCACAGUAAAAAGAAGCCAUACAAAUGUUCUAAGUGUGACAAACGUUUUGCAUAUAGUAACUGUCUGAUUAAGCAUCAAGUUAUACAUACAGGUAUGAACUCUUAUAAAUGUGAUAUGUGUGACAAGAGAUUUAUAGAUGCAUGGAUGUUAAAGCAACAUCAGUUUAUUCACACUAGACAAAAACUCUAUAAGUGUACCGCCUGUUACAAGAGCUUUAUGAGGAAGGAAACCUUGAAACAACACCAGUAUAUCCACACUGGACAGAAACCCUUUACCUGUGCCACAUGUAACAAGGGAUUUAUAGUGAAGAUAAACCUAAUAAGGCAUCAGAAUAUCCACAUUGGACCGAAAACCUAUAAAUGUGCUUCCUGUGGAAAGGGAUUUAAGAAGAAGGGAAACCUGACACGUCACGAGUAUGUCCACUCUACAGAAAAACCCUAUAAGUGUACAUCCUGUAACAAGGGAUUUAUAGAGAAAAAAAAACUGUUAAGGCAUCAACAUGUCCACACUGGACAGAAACCCUUUACCUGUGCCACAUGUAACAAGGGAUAUACAGAGAAGAUAAACCUAAUAAGGCAUCAAAAUAUCCACACUGGACCAAAAACCUAUAAAUGUGCUUCCUGUGGAAAGGGAUUUAAGAAGAAGGGAAACCUGAUACGUCACGAGUAUGUCCACUCUAUAGAGAAACCCUGUAAGUGUGCAUCCUUUAACAAGGAAUUUAUAGAGGAAAAAAACUGUUAAGGCAUCAACAUAUCCACACCGGACAGAAACCCUCUACCUGUGCCACAUGUAACAAGGGAUUUACAGGUAAGAUGUCAUUAAAAAGGCAUCAAAAUGUCCAUGGUGGUUUCAAGUGUUUAACAUAUAACAAGACUUUUCAGUGUAAGAGAACGCUCAAAGACCACAAGGGCUUCCGCAAGGGUCUGAAUGGAAAGAUGAAAUCAGUGAGAAAAGGAUAGUAGUACUGCUGGAACUGAACUCAUCCUCAAGUCUUGGUGAGUACCUUCACAAGGUGGGUCCUGUUGGUACAAAAUAUCACCAAGACAACACUGAUAUAUAGUCAGUAUUUUAAAUAUCAUAGAGAAAGGUAAGUCAAAAAAUAAAAAAGAAGACUAUGUGCCCAGGUCCCAGGAUAAAAAGUGCCCUUUCCUGGUGUACCGACAACAACACAACAAUUCCUACAACAGGGUUAAGCUAGGCUCUGGGAGGAUGGAUUUCCUGUGGUAGAAGGAAGAAGUAGUCUACAAAAACAUGGCAAGUGGCAGGCCAAAAAAGAGGCUUAGGGGUGACAAGGUGGACUAUUGAGGAUAAGAAAUAAAUUAUAAAUUGCUGUUGUUAUUGUUAUUGUUACGAUUAUGAUUAUUAUUAUUAUUAUUAUUAUGCAUGAAGGCCAGAAUUUUCAAAUAAAGGAUAUGCAGAAAGAUUAAGAGAGAAAUUAAAAGAGAGAUUAAGUAUUUGCAAAUAAAAAAAUGUCAGGAGCUAUAAAUAAACAUUUGUAUUCAUUAAUGCAACAGAUGUAUGAAAAAUGUUACAUAGACAAAGAAAUUUUGGGCCACCCGGGCAAAGGCUUGACAGCAGAAGUGCAAAAAUGUAAAGAAUCAAACCCAAAGAUUUUAGAAAGGUAUAAAAAAAGAAACAUGGACAUCGGAAAGAAAAACAGAUUUAAUAUGGUGCACUACUUAUGAAAAGGAAAAUGCAAAACUAAUCAAUAUAAAAAAGCAGCUCCAAAGAUAUUUGAAGAGAAAUGAAGGCAAAGGCACACAGAUAUGGAAAAUCAUGCAAUACAAAAAAGUAAGACAAAGGCAGAAUGCAGAAAAGAGGAUUAAUGAGGUAGAAGUUAAACAGAAACUGAAGUUGCGGAAUACUUGUGAAGUCAAUGAUUUAGUGUAGACAAUCCAGCACAGGUACUGUUGCAGCAUGAUGGAACAGUGAGCCCCCAAACUAAGGAGAAGCAGGUGGAGCAGAGGCAUCGAAGAAGAUGAGCAACAUCGUGAUGCUGUAAAUCCUUCUGUAGGAGACCGGUAUGAAAAUCCAGUUAAAGUUGGACAGCAAGGGAAGCAGCAGGAAACAGUGGCAAAUCUGACACAGGUAAUAUUGUGGAGUGAUGGAUCGAUGCGUUCCCAUAUGAAGGAGCAGUAGGUGAAGAGGAUACAUCACAGGAAGAUGCUCUGGAACCUUCUGUAGAAUACUUGCAGGAAACAGAGCAAAGAAGAUGCUCUCAUUCCAGAAGAACACCAUCUAAGGGAAGAUCUCCUUGAUUUACCAGAGAUGAAUAGACAUAUUAAUAUUGAGAAAAAAAAUUACAGACGGUAAAUAAGACCCAAAAUGUCAGAAGACUGAGAAAACAGAUAAACACAGUAAUCAGGGCUAUUAAUUAGAGAUUCACAUGAUAUAAUAGAAAUAAGUAGGAUAUAUUUCUGUCCAGUUAAACUAAUUAUGGAUAAAGUGUUAUCCCAAAAAUGGAGAGUAGCAAAAGAAAGGAAGGAAACAGAUAAAAUACCACCAUGGAAACAGUGAGCAGAGAAAACUAUAACGCAAUUAAGACAAUAAGUAGCUCUGUUAAAGGAAUAUAGAAAAGGGAACAGAUCAUCAAAAAUACCUAGAAACAUAGAUGCUAUAAAAAUAACACACAGUACCAAAAACAGACCAGGAUUUAUCAUAUACAAUUGCUAAUAAUAAACUACAAAUUUCAGCACAGGCAGAAAAAACAUCGAAGGUAUGUAGGUAACUCUAAAGGAAAAGUACAAAAUAAGCAAUUCAUUUAUGACACAAAAAAGGUUUUAUAGAUAAUUGGGAAACAAAGAAAUAAAAGAAAUAGAAAUGCCAGCAAAAAAAAAAAAAAGAAAUAGGUACAUAGUGGAGAAGUAUUUUGAGGACUGCGCUGAACAUAACAAAGGUGCUGUAGAAUGGAUAGAAGAAAUUAAAGGAAACAGUUAGGAGUUCUAAUGUAAAGAUAUGAAAUGGGAUGAAGUAACAACCAGAGAAAUGUUGGCAAGGUUAAGGGAAGCUCCUAAUUUGAAAAGCCCCAGGCUCAGAUGCAGUACCUAACUUCUGGCUAAAACUACUAAUAUCUAUACACAAGGAUUUAGCCCUGAGUAAGAAUUACUUAUAUCCACAUCCUAAACAGACACCAGCCUCGUUAACAACUAGAUAAACAAUACUCCUCCUUAAAACUGAAUCUGGAAGCCAUAUUAAGAAGUAUAGACCAAUAACCUGCCUUCCGACAAUGUACAAACUAUAUACUGGAACUGAGGUAGACAGUGUUUAUAGUCCUUCAGAAAAAAAUCAAUUAUAUCAAUAGAACAAAAACGUAACAAAAAAGUCAAAUUGAACAAUGGACAUUUGUUAACAAGUAAAGCCAUGAUAAAGAAUUGUAAAAAUGGGAAGAAUUUAAGUACGGGAUAGACAGAUUCCAAAAAAAAAGUAUUUGAGGGCAUCACAGUAAAGGAUAAUGGAUUUAUAAGAUUCACCCUAUAACCGAUCAGUGACGACAAAACAGUGGCGAGCCAUGACAGUUACCUUAUUAUCCCAGGAGUAAAAAUUCAGAGGGGGAUAUAUAUACAAGGUGAUUUGUUGUCACCGCUGCUGUUUUGUCUUGCCCUCAAUCCAUUAAUCUGCUUACUUAGCAGGUUAGGUAGGCUAUGGUUACAACUGAGCUCCCAGAAACCAACCUUGUUUAGAGACUUAACCUCUAUUUUUGUAGAUGACUUAAAGCUGUAUAGUUCAUCAGAUAAGGAAAGCACAGCUACAAAUGCUUAAAACUUUCUCAGAUGGUGUAAGAAUGACUUUUGGCUUUGAUAAAUGUGCAAAAGUAACAUUUAAAACAGGAAAGCUGCAGUACCAAGAAAAUAUCAACCUGGGACAUGAGUGUGAUGUAAAGGAACUUGAGCAGGUGGGAGUGUAUAAAUAUUUGGUAGUAGAUGUAAGCUUGGCAAUAAAAUAGAACAAAUGAGAAUAAAACCCAGUAAGGAAUACUUCAGAAGACUGAAACUAAUAUUGAAAACUGCCUUAACAUCCAGGAAUAAAGUCCAAUCAGUAAAUCAAUUUGAUCUUCCUGUUCUAACUCACAGUUUUGGGGUGAUUGUCUGGCCUCAAAAAAGUAUUUGAUCAGGUGGAUAAUAAAACAAGAAAAAUACUAAAUUGCUUGUCAAACUAUAUACAAAAUUCAUUGUUUACUAAGAUUAUAUAUGCCUCGCUCUGAAGGAGGUAUGAACCUCCUUGAAAUUGAUUAAAUAUAUUUAUCUGCAGUUGUGGGACUGCAUACACAUAUCUGUUGACCUUAUCAGAUCCAAACACAGCGAAAGUUUUAAAGCAUAAAGAGAAGUCUAUGAUGACAUCUUUGCGUAGUUUAGCAGAAGUAUUUCUGUAUCAAGCAGGAAUGGAACUCAUACCAGAAGUAGACAAAAAUCUAACAGCACCUGAAUGAGCCAAAAAAACAAAAUACAGAACAUAAGGAAAAGGAUUAGAAAGAAAGAAAGAAAAUUGGAAAAAUCUAUAAAUGUAGCGGCAAGUUUAGAGAGAGCUUCUGGAACAAAUGCAUGUUGACCAAGAUUUGGUGCAGGAAUGGAUAAGGAGAGGUAAACUGAAAAGCAACCCCUUUCACUCAUCACUGUAAAGUCCUAUACUCCCUAAGAUGGCUUGAACUGAAACCAAAAGAUGAAAGGCUAAUAGUGGCUGUCCAGAAGAGUUGGCUAUGUACACAUUGAAAAAGUAGAAGAAAUGGACAAUGCUGGUCCUGUAAAACAGAACUAGAAAUAGGCACACGACUUGUUACUGGGUGUGACUCACUCAUGGCAAAGGGCCUGUAUAUUGAAAGGCACAGAAAACUGUUGCAUUGUGGAUUGUGCAAACAUUACAAUGUAGAAGUAGCUGAGAAGCACUGGAAACAUGAAUCACAAAUCAUUAUAGAGAAUAAUUAAGUUUAUAUCACAUGGGAUCACCCAUUACCAAUGGUUCAAAAAAUAGAUGUGAAAACCAAGCAGUUUAUGAAUAAAAGACUAAAGUAGCACUUUUCAUUGAAUUUGCUACACCCAUUGAUUACAGUGUCUUAUAUACAGAGAGACAAAGUCAUAAAAUACCAGGAUUUGCAGGCAGAAACACGAAGAAUGUGAAAGAAAGAUACCUGCACAAUUCCAAUAGUAGUAGGAGGAAGAGGUCUAUUAAAAAAGAAAUUACAGUCAUAAUUGGAUGUGCUAGUGAUACAUGGAACUUCAUAUGAAUUACACAGGGAUGCAAUUCUGGGCACAUUGUAUGUGCUGAGAAAGAACAUUCUUGGCUAAUAUCAAAAAAUGAAACAAUACUAAUGUCAUGAACUCUAAUUGUGCUCUGACAUAGGAAAGGGAUCCAUUUCCAUCACAGUAUUAGAAAUCCAAAACAUUUUAAGAAUUUAAAAAAGGUGAUUUCCAGGUAUGCUAAUAUGAUAAUAGUUCAUAGAUUCAUAGCUGCUUACUAGACUAAUGACCACAAGGCUCACCAUGCAUCCCAAAUCUCUGACAAG